AUGGAGGAGAUGAUGAUGAGGACCAGUUCUGCUACUAGUAGCCCAGAAACUAGCAGAAAUGAAACCAUUAAUUCUAUAGAGCCCAUCACCACCUCCACUUGCCCAAGCUGGAAACUUUAUGAAAACCCAUUUUAUAAUUCUCAUCUCCGCCAUCAAAAUCAACCCCAACAACAACAACAACAACAGCAAUGCCAAAGUAGCAGCAGCAGCAACAAGCAACAAGUUCAUCAUUGCCUGCACCUCCCUAUCUCUGCUCGCAAGCUUGCUGCUACUUUCUGGGAUCUAACGUUCUUCAAGCCAGUCAUGGAGUCUGAGAUAGAUUACACACGAGCCCAGAUCAUAGAAUUGAAAGCUGAGCUCGAAUAUGAACGCAAGGCACGUAAGAAGUUGGAGUCUUCAAACAAGAGGCUGACCAAAGAGUUAGGUGAGGAGAGAAGGGGAAGAAAAGCGAUUGAGAGGGUGUGUGAAGAGCUUGCCAGAGAGAUUUCAUUUGGGAAAUCAGAGAUUAGUAGGAUGAAGAAAGAGAUAGAGGAGGAGAGAAAGAUGCUUAGAAUGGCUGAGGUGCUGAGAGAAGAGAGAGUUCAGAUGAAGCUCGCCGAGGCGAGGAUUCUAUUUGAAGAGAAGCUGUUUGAGUUGGAGGGUUGUAAACAAAUGCAGAGCACUGAGAAUUCACAUUUCAAGAUCAAAGACAAGAGUGAGGAUGUUAAUGCUGCAAUUUUUUCAGGAAAGUCAGCUAGCAAUGAUAAAAACAUUGGUGUUGAUUGUUCAAGAGACUCAAUGAGUUUGGUGGUUUUGGGUGAAAAGUCUUCUGCUUUUUCAGGUGAUCAUAAUAAUGACUAUGUUUCCAGUGUGUCUGCUACAACUUCAAGGUCAGUGCUUUUGGGUGAGAAGGCAGCUUGCAGUGACAACAGCGGUGGUUUUUCAUCAAUAGCAAUUCAGAAAAGAGCCUCACCAGAACCAGAAAAUCCUCACAUAAAGAGAGGGAUCAAAGGGUUUGUUGAAUUCCCAAGAGUGGUCAGACCAAUUGGAUCCAAAAGCAGGCAUUGGGGUACAAAGCUGGAAUGUCAAAAGGCUCAGCUCAGAAUUCUGCUGAAGCAAAAGAGCCCCAUCAGAUCCAAUAGUUUCAUUAUUAGUUGA